ACAGGUGAGGGAGCCGGCUGCCGCAACCGGGCGCGGGAGGCAGGGCGCAAAUCCCAGCCUCCCGCCUGCACGCGCAGCAGGGCUGCCUCGCGAGCGGCACCUGGGAAGCCUGCGGGCAGCGCCGGCACCUGUGGCUGCGCGGGCAGAUCAACAGCCGCCACCUGCGGGGAGCGCCGCCCUGCGCGGCGGGGAGGCGGCGGCUGCUGACACGGACACGCGGGAGGCGCGAUUGCGCGGGGGGAGGAGGAGGAGGACAACAGCUGCGCCUGGACGCCGCCAACAAGUAGCCCUCGGUCGGCGGCGGCGGCGGCAGGCGCAGAGUCAGCCGAGCCCGCCCGAGGAAGAGGAGCCGCUUCUUCCUCGCGCGCGGUGAGUCAUGUCUGAGGCCGAGAGAUGGGGAAGCUCGAGGACCACGAGAGGGUGAUCCUCAACGUGGGCGGCACCCGGCACGAGACGUACCGCAGCACGCUCAAGACCCUGCCCGGGACCCGCCUGGCCCUGCUGGCCUGCGAGUCCCGCAGCGAGUCCCCCACGCCCGCCCCCCCCGCGGGCGGCUGCCCCGAGCCCGGCUGCCCCGAGUUCUUCUUCGACCGGCACCCGGGCGUCUUCGCCUACGUGCUCAACUACUACCGCACGGGCAAGCUGCACUGCCCGGCCGACGUGUGCGGGCCGCUCUUCGAGGAGGAGCUGGCCUUCUGGGGCAUCGAUGAGACGGACGUAGAGCCCUGCUGCUGGAUGACCUACCGCCAGCACCGCGACGCCGAGGAGGCGCUCGACAUCUUCGAGGCUCCAGACCUGCUCACGGGCGAGCCGCCCCCCGAUGGCACUGACCGCGAUGAUGACCUGGCCGCCAAGCGCCUGGGCAUCGAGGACGUGGGUGCUGCUGCUGCUGCUGCCGCCACCGGUGCCCCCGAUGCCAAGGGCGGGCGCUGGAAGCGGCUGCAGCCCCGCAUGUGGGCGCUCUUUGAGGACCCCUACUCCUCCCGGGCCGCGAGGUUCAUUGCGUUUGCCUCUUUAUUCUUCAUCCUAGUUUCAAUCACAACCUUUUGCCUGGAAACCCAUGAGGCUUUCAAUACCAUUAUAAACAAAACUGAGCAAGUCAUCAACAGCACAGAAACAGUUCUACAGUAUGAAAUUGAGACGGAUCCUGCUCUGACCUACGUAGAAGGAGUUUGUGUGGUGUGGUUUACAUUUGAAUUUUUAGUUCGUGUCAUUUUUUCACCCAAUAAACUUGAAUUCAUCAAGAACCUCUUGAAUAUCAUUGACUUUGUGGCCAUCUUGCCCUUUUACCUAGAGGUGGGCCUGAGUGGGCUCUCUUCCAAAGCUGCUAAGGAUGUGCUUGGUUUCCUUAGGGUGGUGAGGUUUGUGAGAAUCCUGCGAAUCUUCAAGCUCACCCGACAUUUUGUUGGCCUCAGGGUGCUGGGCCACACACUUAGAGCUAGCACCAAUGAGUUUUUGCUGCUGAUAAUAUUCCUGGCACUAGGUGUCUUGAUAUUUGCCACCAUGAUCUACUAUGCUGAGCGAGUAGGAGCCCAACCCAAUGACCCAUCGGCCAGUGAGCACACACAGUUCAAAAAUAUCCCCAUUGGCUUCUGGUGGGCUGUGGUCACCAUGACCACCCUUGGGUACGGGGACAUGUGUCCUCGGACUUGGUCAGGCAUGCUAGUGGGUGCUCUGUGUGCUUUGGCUGGGGUACUGACCAUAGCCAUGCCUGUGCCUGUCAUUGUUAACAAUUUUGGAAUGUACUACUCCCUGGCAAUGGCAAAACAGAAACUGCCAAGAAAGCGGAAGAAGCACAUCCCUCCUGCUCCUCAAGCGAGCUCUCCUACAUUUUGCAAGACAGACUUGAAUAUGGCCUGCAAUAGCAUGCAGAGUGAUGUCUGUCUGGGCAAAGAAAACCGGCUGAUGGAACACAACAGAUCAGUGUUAUCAGGUGAAGACAGUGCAGGAAGUGAGCAGCCACUCUCACCUGGUGAAAGGCACCCACCAAUCAGACGCUCUAGUACCAGAGACAAAAACAGAAGAGGGGGAACAUGUUUCCUACUGACAACAGGUGAUUACACGUGUGCUACUGAUGGAGGGAUCAGGAAAGGAUACGAAAAAUCCCGAAGCUUAAACAACAUUGCUGGCUUGGCAGGCAAUGCUCUGAGGCUGUCUCCAGUAACAUCACCCUACAGCUCACCUUGUCCUCUAAGACGCUCUCGAUCUCCCAUCCCAUCUAUCUUGUAAACCAGAUGGCAUCAAUCGGCUACAUAGUAUUAAUUCAAAAUACUGUUUACCACAUAAUGGAUAUAAAUGUAGCAUUAACUGUAGGCUCCAUAAAUACAGUAUAAAUCCUGCAUGAUUUAACUGUCAGUAGUAAGAAAUGCCACUUGGGUAGCUGAAGAUUUUUAUCUUGGCUUUUAAGAUGAUCUAAAGUAGUGCUUCUCCUUCUAUAUCUGCUAUAUUGUCCUACUUUACCAAGGCAAUAAAAGGACAGUUAGUGGACUCCAUUGGCCAGUACAUUCAAUAAAUAAGUAUAUUUUCAGGGAGAUAGCUAAAACAAUGUGCUUCCAAAUGAUCACUCCAUUGGACGUUCAUUUCUUGUGAUUAAUCCAUUCGGAAGAUGUCUGGAAUCUGUCUUGGUGGCACACAAUGUGACUUGAGUCUGAUCAUUUGCAUGGACCAUCCUGUCUUCAUUAUCUCUCUGAAAGCAGUGUUGCGGAUUAUUGGGACCACAGAUGGCUCUGGAUGUGUGUUAUUGCGUUGUACCAUCCUGCUGAAAUGAAAGCAGUUAAUGAACUGGUCUGCAUGUGGGAUUGUUUUUCUUUAUUUAACCUUUUAAUUUUUUUAAAUACUUGUUUUUAAAUAGUUUUCUUUCUUGAUUAAUUGACUUUGGUACUAGAUUGUUGUAUCAGAGCUCUGAAUGUCUCUGGUUGUUUGCACACAGAUAACUGCAAAGAGGUUGUCAUUACUGGUUACACGCAAGCAGAGGCCAGAUCUCUUUCUUAAUGACUUGGGGAAGGCACAAAACAUGAAAGAAAGGUAAACGCCAUCCAGGCUUGCAAUUUUCAGCUAGCAAGUGCUGCUUGGUACUAUAGUAUUUUUUUUUCUGCUCCAGCAUUCUUGAACAUAUUCAGAGGCUGUGUACCAAGUAAAAGCAAGAAAAAUAUUGCUUUUUUGCUGUGCAACUGUAGAAGGGCAAUAGUUUGAAAGAUGGGGGUGGGGGUGUUGACCAGCCUUUAAACCUCUGGAUCAUGAGCUUCACAAAUUCCUUCAGUCAAUGUUUUUAGGUGCUUUGUCUUCUGUGUUUGUUUCUGUCUGUCUAUUUUGUAACAUGUCUACUGUAUUCUUCAUCUGUCUUCAUAAAGUACAGAGAUACCUUUUAAAAUGCCCCAUCUUUUUAGAUUAACUGCUAAGUACAUUUUCUCAUUUUCCCCUUUGUGGUAUAGACAAUAUAUAUUUCAAGUGCAGGUUUAAUAACCUUUAGACUAUCUAAUGUGGGAACUUUGAAGAUUUCUGAAAUGUGGAAUUUGGCUGUUUUGUUGUUCUAACUGGUUGCCUACUGCAGCAACAUCAAUUUUGCUACCUAGCAACCAGCAUUCAUUAUGGUAUUCAAACUGUAUCCCUUCUAGUGGCUUUUUUCUUUCGAUUUAAAAAGAGAGAAACCCGUUAAUACACCAGUACAAAUACAGUAGUAAAUUUGAUAUUUUGAGCUGGUGAGGAUAAACACCCAACAAUAUUGAACCGUAGAUAUACAAGGAAAAGAAAGUCAUAAGAGGUUUUUGAGAUUUGUUGAAUAACCCCUGAUUGUCAUAUGUUUAUUUUUUGUUAGGAAAAGAAAACAUGCCCUUUAUUGUGGAGUAUGUAACAUAUUCUUCUGUAUAUAGCCUAGUCCUAUAGCAUGGCCUGCAUGUCAAAAUUCUUGUACAAUAAUGUAUUUAUCAAAUGUACAUUGAUUUUAGUUUUGGUAAAAUACUGUCAAUAGAGAGAAAGAUAAUUGCAAACAGCUUUUAGCAAAGGAAUUAAUACACUGUCUGGUGCUGCUGUUAUAUUGACUACAGUGUUGUACAGAAUUUAUCAUGGAUUUUUGACUGCUGAAAAAGGGACAAUGGAAUUUAGCCAUACCAAGGACUGUACUGGAAAGAGACUACUGCUCCUGAAUGGACCCUGAUAAGCAACUUGCACCUUGAAGAGGUCACUGAGACUUCACAUGGGAAGCAGAACUUGCUAAUGAAGAUUAAGGACUGCUUUCAAUUGCUGCUACCAGUAGAAGGGAUGAAAAGUUGCUGUUGAUGAGUCAGCUGUAAAUAAAACGUGUGUGCAUGGAAUAACAGUUUUUGCCAUCUAUGUCAAGGAACGCUGAAUUGAAAGUCAUCUUCUCUAAGACUCCAUGCAAAGGCCCACACACUUCUGUCUGUGUAUUCUUCCUGGUUCCUGCAGUAGGUUGUGCUGUGGAUUAUAUAAAGAGACACACUUAUAAUGAUAGUGAUGUAAACUACAUCUAUUUUAACCUCCUCGUAGCAAUGGUAUUUUUUGCAAAGGCCAUGAACAUGGACAGAAUAGGUUUUGCUACAAGUCCUUGCUUUCUCAGUUUGCCAUAGCUAUAUUUUUACAAAUUCUAGUGUACAUGCCAAUUUUUAAGUUUACUCUUCACUUUGAUAAGAGAAAUGUGGCUGCAGACAAACAUCAUAGACUAUGUUCACAACUCACAGGUUUUUUUUUCAUUGUUACCUCAGAAAUAUAUGUAUAUGAGAAAUAAAAUUCUGGCAGCAAAAAUA